CGCGCGGCCGGCGGCAGCAUGAAAAAGAACCAGACGGUGCAGGGCACCUUCAGCAAACUCUUCGGCAAGAAGCACGCCAACCCUCCCAACACCUCCCUCUAUGCCACCAACCCCCCCUGGAUCUUCACCCAGGAGGCCCCGGAGGAGGGGAGCCGGGACUUCGGUGCUAUCUAUUAUGGAGACAGUCGGUUUGACUCUGUGAGUGAGUCAGGAACAGCCACACUGAAAGCUCGGCCAAGAGUCCGGCCCCUCCUGACCUUCCUUCCACUGAAUGCCCAGGAGAACCAUGGACUGGCUGUGCCCACCCCCUCUGUCCCAGGAGAAUUUGCGGACAAAGAAGUAACAGGUACCAGCUCACUAGUCAACGGCAACCUCCGACUGUACAGCUCUGUGGGUGACCUGAGGCCUGGGCACUAUGGGGAGGACCCACUCAUCCCCCCACCUCCCCCAGGUCCAGCCCCAGGGCCACCCACAGAUGCUUCUCAACCUCAAGAGGAGUCCCCCCCACCCCCACCUUCCAUGGUGCCCCCGCCACCUCCCCUGCUACUGGAACCCCCACCCCCACCCAGCACGGCCCCACCCCCGCCUCCAGUAUUGGGGGCCCCAGCCCCUCUCUCCACCCUUUCCUCCCCAUCCACACCUACCCCUCCGGACUUCAUUCCUCCUGCCCCACCCUUGGCCUCUCUGGCCCCACCCCCACCCCCUCUGCCAGCCCCAGCACCCCCAGCAUCUCCUCACACGACAGGGACUCGCCCCUUUGCCCCUGGGGGUGUCACCAAGUGGAAAUCGGAGGUAGCGCUGAAUGGAAGGCAGCCAGAGACCCCCAGAACCAGCCCCCCCCAAAGCCCAGCUGAGCCAAAGGGGAGCCUUCUGGGGCUCAAGCCAGACCCCCACCUUACUUUCCCGCGCUCAUUCAAGGUGCCUCCCCCAACCCCAGUCAGGACUUCAUCCAUCCCAGCUCAGGAAGCACAGGCGACUCCUGUAGAGGAAGGGGCCACCAAGAAAGCCCCCCACCGACUCCCACUGCCUCCCAGCUUCCACAUCCGCCCCGCGUCCCAGGUCUACGCAGACCGGACCCCUGAGCCAGACCACUCAGGGGAGCUCAGGACUACAGCACCAGCCAGCCCUGGCCUGGGCCAGGGCCAGUCCUGGACUAAGGAACAGGCUGAGACUCUGCCACCAGCCCCUCCCCUGCCCUCUCCCGCACCCCUGCAACCUCCCCCUGCACCACCACUUCCCCCACCUGCCCCUCCUUUACCUUCCGCUGAGAAGGCAGUGCCUCAGCCUUCCGGGUUUGGGAAAAGCCGCCCAUCCAGCUCCCCUGCUCCCAAACCCAAACCGAACACCCCCAGCCCAGAGGACGCAGUCUCUUCAGCGCCUGUGGACUGGAGGGACCCCAGCCAGAUGGAAAAGCUGCGGAGCGAGCUGGCAGCCUAUCUCUGUGGCUCCAAGAGGGAGGACCGAGUCCUCAGUCACUCGGCUGGCUCCAUGGUGGUGGCCUCCCAGGAAAAGGAGGGCAAGAAGGGCCCCAGCCCGCCGGAGAAGGAGAUCCUCCCGAGCAUCCCUGAGAAGAGUCCCUGCAGCCUGCCUGACAAGGGGGCUGCCACCAGCCUCACCCUCCCUCCCGUGGACUACAUCCCCCAAGAGUCCCCUGCUCCCAGUGUCCGGCAGAUCCGCAACGAGCUGGAGGCCCGCUUUUCCUCCUCAGCAGAGAAGGAAGCCAAGCCCAGCAUAGGGUCUCUGCCUCCCAAGCCUCAGCUAGAAGGGGGAAGAAGCUUUGAAAACAGGGGGACUAAUGGCAACUUCUCUAAGCCCAUAGCCAAGAAUCUCCCCUCUCUAUCUGCUACCCCUCUGCCAACCACACCACUUCAGUGCAAGGCCACACCUGGGCCAGCCAUACCACCAAAGGCCACACCUGGGCCAGCCAUGCCACCUGGGCCAGCCAUACCACCAAAGGCCACGCCUGGGCCAGCCACGCCACCCAAGGCCACGCCUGGGCCAGCCACGCCACCCAACGCCACGCCUGGGCCAGCCACGCCACCCAACGCCACGCCUGGGCCAGCCACGUCACCCAACGCCACGCCUGGGCCAGCCCUACCACCCAAGCCCGGGCCCGGGCCUGCCAUACCAUCUGCAGCCCCACCUGUGCCCACCACAUCUCCCCAGCCGACAGAGAACCUUGUCCCAGCUGGGCAGUGGGAGAAGCCCAGACCUCAAGAACCUACAGUGCCCGGCCAGCUAGAGGCAGAAGGGCGCCCCACAGAGCCCAGUAAACCUCCUACCCCAGGAGCCCUCUCAGCUCCAGCCUUCCCACCAAAGAGAUCCCCUGGUGGGGAAGAGGUGACAUUCCUCUACAAGCUCCAUCGCACCCAGAAAAGCCCCAGCCAUGAGGUUGCCGUGGGGACGGCACCACUGGCCACAGGUUCAGCCCACAGGUCAGGGGGACCUGAGGAGGAGAAGGAGCCCCAGGGACAGCCAGCCAAGCCCCCCACCUCGGCCCAGCCUACCGACGAACUCCUCAGGCAUCCGGUGACCGGGGAGGUGGUGCAGCCAGGCUCCCCAAUGGCUCUGCUCCUUGCCGCCAGGCAGAGGGCCCAGAAGGGGAGGCCCGGAGGGCUGGCCCUGAGCCGGUCCUCCCUGCCCGGGAGCCUCCGGGGCCACAGCAGCCAGCCCCAAGCAGGCUCUGACAGCAUCUUCCACAAAGAGGGCCGGCCCAACUCCUUCACUGUGGUCCCCAAGUUGCCCAAGGAGGCUGAGAAGGACACUCAGCUGGCCUCACCGGUACAGCCCACCAUACCCAGUCAGUGGAAGCCCCAGCCCCGCGGAGACCCGGAGGGCACGGUGCCAAGCCUCAGACACAAUGGGACAAAGGCAGAGUCCCAGGCCCCAGUGGCCUGGGAAAGACCAGCAUCCUCCAACCUCCCCCAGGGCCGCGUGCUGCCCAAAUCCUUCUCGUCCCCUCCUUCCCCUUCCUGCAAGGACGACGACGAGGACCACGAGGUGGGGGAGUUCCACUUUGAGGUCAUCCCGCCACCGCCAGAGUUCAGCAACGACCCCGAGCCCCGCGCCCCGGCCUUCCAGUAUUUGGGGCGCCGGGGAUCCCCUCCCCGGAACAACUUCUCAAACUUGGGGCAGCCCUCAGCGCCUCCCGGCUUCUCGCGCAUUCCGGCCGGUGGGCACCACGCCGGGGCUGGGGGCCUGGAACGCUUCUCGGGCGGGGGCCGGUCGCUCAUCAAGAAGCGCCUGUAUGUCGGGGAGCCCCACCGCCACCCUGGGCAGCCCCGCGGCGGCACCGGCCGCAGCCUCAGCUCCCCAAACUGCUUCGGGCCGCCACCAGGAGGCCCGGAAAUGCGGCGCGUCAACUCAGCCGGCCGCGCGCUCCCCGGAGGCCUGCACGCUCGAAGGCUGUCCAUGGAGGGCGCAGCCCGCGGGGAGGCCAAGUUCAAGGCGCCCGGAGGCGACUUCGGCUUUACCCCUGUGGCUGGCAGGUCUCCCCACAGCACCCCCCACUACGGAAGCCCCAUCAACACAUUCACCGUGAGGCCUGGGACCCGCCAUCCAAUCUCCUAUGCCUACUCGGGGAACCACCGGCAAGCCCCGUCCUGAGCCCCAGCUGUUCUCAGCUCUACUCCGAGGGGUCAGAUCUGGGCACUUGUUUUUGGGGGGGGUGGGAGGGAUGUGGCGGGCAUUAGGCGUCAGGACUUAAACAUGGAGGAGUCUUUGUUACCCAAAUACAGUGAGAAGCAAGAGAAAGAUCAAGGGCGGGCCUCUGGCUCUGAAGCACUGGUGUGGCUUGUGGACUACAUGGGGGAGGGGAGGGAGAAUGAGGGAGGAGAGGAGGCGCCUUUAAGGGGCUGGAGCCUGAGUUUCCCCUACCUGAUACUGUUGGCUUUAGCAAGAGUAAUUUAAAGCGGUUUGACAAGCAGGCCUACUUGAGCAGGUUCUAAAAGCAAGGGGUGGGGCACUCACUGGGUCCCUCUAUGUGGCUGUAAUUGGCUGUCUGGCGCUCCCAAAGGGCUGAGAGCCAGCUCCAUCCGGCUAGGGCUGCAAGGAACUACGGGUUGAUCUCAAUCCACCAUUUGCCACUCUAAGAGCUGAUUCCUGGGGUUCCUAGCAUAGAAGCCACAUUGAGGUGGGACCAGGAAUAGGCAUGGACAAGGUGUGGAGAAGGUACUGGAACAGAGUUCUUUGCAUUGACCAAGGGCGGGGAUAAAGAGGGUCAAUGGUUCCCUGGCCCUGGCCCUUAGCUACCUCAGCUGCAGGGAAGCCUAGGGAGAGAAGACCUGGCAAGUAUGGGAUGGGAGACAGAGGACCAAGUCUUGUUUUCCUACUCAGGCCCAGGCAGCCAUGAUUUGGGGGAUUGGGCCCAAGGAGCCAGAAGGCCUGGGGGCGUGACACCAAAGGCCUAAUACAGCCAGAACCUAUUUGGGAGUUGGUGGGGGCAUCCUAACCAGCUACCCUUCCCAAUCCCAGCACUACAGGUCCCCAGUAUUAGGGAGGCUUUAAAAUGCAUAGUAAAGAUGCUGGGAGAUACAGAAUGGGAGACUGCAGAGAUGGGCACUGGGAUCUGAGAGGUGUUUGCUGCUGACCGGGAGUGCGUUUUAGAAAGUCUAGAGUGGUAGGACAGGGCCAGUUCAGAGCAGGAGAGACCUGUCAGUGGGGUGACCAUUUGUCUUUGGCCUGGGCAGUGUGGGUUUAUGCCUCUUUGCCUGUGAAUUAGACCCCCAUCCACUUCCCGAAGUAGUCCUGGUUUGGAGGACAUUUAUCUCCCAUACAUAGCAGGAAACAGUAUUCCUCAGUCUGCCUUCCCUCUCCCCUCUGGAGGCGGAAUUCCUGGGGCCAGGCCAAGGCCGGCCACCCCCUAAGGAGGAAGGGCAGAGAGUGACUCACCAGGGGAGCAGCUGGUGGGGGCAGCCAGGAAGCAGUGCCCUUGGGGGACAAGCUGUUGGACCUUUAUGACUUGAUCUAACCAGCCAGGGACCGGGCUGUGAGGACAGCAAGGGAACUAGUUCAGGGAAAGAGAGUGCAGGCACCCUAAUGGGACAGGAUCUGGUUCCCUGUGUUCAAGAAGCGAACUCCACCCCAACCAGCACUGGCCCUAUAAAUAUGUAUGUAUUUCCCCCUGUACAAUGUUUUAUAAAAGACUUCCCUAAUUUAUCUUCUGUGUUAGGUUUGAGGAGUGGGACGGGUUUGAGGAGAGUGACAGCAAGGACUGGCUGUCACUUGACUUGGGAAAUAAACAGGCCAGUUCGGACUGGCCUCAGCUCCAUGGCUGUGGAUUGAUGACUUGGAGCUACUUGGGUGUGAUAGAGAUUGGAAGAGCUCAGCAGGGGAAGGCUGAGUAUGGGGUAGCGACUGAACCCAUGAGCCAUUUUGCUGGGGUCACACUUUCUCUUCUGACACUUAAGCCUGUAGUUCUUUAAAUCUUUCAAGGGGGAGGAGCAGAGCUAAAGUGUGGUGGCAACAAAGUGUAUCCUUAAGCAAGUCUCUUUGACUCUCUGAACCUCAGUUUCUUCUUCUGUAUAAUGGGCAGGAUAAUAAUGCCUUCCUAACAAGGCUGCUACGAAGAUCAGAGAUAGUCAUGUGUUCCUUAACAAGUAUUUGAGGGAUGGCUGGGCGGUGGGCACUGUGCUCGGCAUGGAUACGCAUGACCCCUGCUCAUGGCCAGUCCCAUGGAGGAGAGAAGGGAUAAAAACAACACCCAGGAGCAUCACACAGUAUAAUAAGUGGUGGGAAGGAAAGGCACAGGGAGUGUGAGAAUAACCGGAGGGUGGGGGAGAGGAGUGGAUUUACCUUAAUCGGGUGCUCAGGGCGGGCCUCUUGGGGCAGUAACAUUUAUGCCCAUUUCGUCAAAGCAUCCAAAAGUGUCCGGCAGUCAGUAGUUGCUCAAUAAAUUUGCAUUUUUGGCAGAUGA